CCAUCUCUGCGAGGUGGGCAUUCUGCCCCGCACCCACGGCUCCGGCCUGUUCACCCGCGGCAUGACCCAGGUGCUCUCAACUGUCACCGUCGGUCGCUGUCGAUGAGACAGACCCUGGACACCGUAGGGCCCGACAACACCAGGCGGUUCAUGCACCACUACAACUUCCCGUCCUUCUCCACCGGCGAAGCCCGGCGCGUCGGGUCCCCGGGACGCCGCGAGAUCGGCCACGGCGCCCUCGCCGAGCGUGCCAUCCUUCCCACCCUGCCCUCUGAGGACGUGUUCCCCUACGCCAUUCGCGUGGUGUCCGAGGUGCUCAGUUCCAACGGCAGCACGUCAAUGGGCAGCGUCUGCGGCACCUCGCUGGCCCUCAUGGACGCUGGCAUUCCGGUCACUGAGCCGGUGGCCGGCAUCGCCAUGGGUCUUGUGACCAGCGAAGACGGGCAGUACGCCAUCCUGAGUGACAUCCAGGGCAUCGAGGACUUCCUAGGCGAUAUGGACUUCAAGGUGGCCGGCACCGCCGCGGGGGUCAACGCCCUGCAGAUGGACAUCAAGUGGACCGGCCUGACCCAGGAGAUCCUGGCAGAGGCCCUGGAGCAGGCCCGCAUUGGGCGGCUGCACAUCAUGAGCAAGAUGGCCGAGGUCAUCACCGUCUCCAAGACCCAGAUGAGCCCCCACGCCCCCAAGAUGAUCCGUCUCAAGAUCAACCCCGACAAGAUCGGCGCGCUCAUCGGCCCCGGCGGACGGGUGAUUCGUGCCAUCCAGGAAGAAACCGGAACCAACAUCGACGUGCAGGACGACGGCACGGUGACCAUCGGCGGCGUCGACCAGACCAAGCUGGAAAUGGCCCAGUCCAAGGUCGACAGCCUGACCCGCGAGCUGGCCAUUGGCGACAUCUUCACCGGCAAGGUGGUGCGUCUGACCAACUUCGGCGCCUUCAUUGAGCUGGUGCCGGGCCGCGACGGUCUAAUCCGCAACGGUGACCUUGGCGACCUGGAAGAAGACCUGGUCGAAGGCCAGGAAAUCACCGUGAUGAUCCAUGAAAUCGAUUCGCAGGGCCGGGUAAACCUCUCCCGUCGCGCCCUGUUCGGCGACGACAGCCCGCCCGCACCGCGCCCUGAGGGCGCCCGCCCCGGCGGCUUUGGCGGCGGACGCGGCGGCGACCGGGGUGGACGUCCCGGCGGAUUCGGCGGCGGUGGACGCGGCGGCCCCGGUGGGCGCAGCGGCGGCGGCGGCGGAAACCGCAACGGCGGCGGCCGGCCUCCCAUGGGCGGCGGCGGACGCGGCCCAGCCCCGGGUGCCGGAGGGGAUCGCCGCUUCGACGGCGGUGGCCGGGCCCCCGGCGCCCCUCAAGCAUAG